AUGGAGAGGAGCAGCUCCACCCCUUCCAGCAGAACUCCGGAGAGCUCGAGUCUGCCGCCGCGCAGCCCGCUCGGCGUCGACGAGGAGUACGACAGAGCCUUCAAGUCCAAGUCUUUUCUCGACCUGUGGUCGCACGCGCAUCGCCACCUCAUGCACACCUUCUCCUCCGCCUCCUUCAAGCUCUCAUCUUCGUCCAAGUCCGGCGGCGUCAAGGACGACAACGAGCCCGACGCGGCGUCGGCCGCCGCCGCCUUGGAGCAGUCGUGCUCGUACACCGUCCUCGACGACUUCGUGCUGGAGCCGAGCCCGGAGGUGCUCGGGCGGGAGCGGCGGCGGCGGAGGCGACGCGUCGAGAGGCUGCUGAUCGAGUACUUCGACGUGACGCAGGAGGCCUGCGAGGCGUGCUCCUCGCUCCUCGCCGCCAUCGGCGCGGCGCGGCGCCACCAGCUCACGCUCCGCCGCCUGCUCCACCGGCUGGAGGAGGACAACGACGGCGGCGGCAGCGACGACCCCGCCACCGCGAGGGACGCGGUCGCGGCGCACGUCCGCCUCGACAACCCGCUGUCGCCGGGCCGGCUCGCGGGAUUCCACGAGGUGCACGGGCGGUGCGGCCCGCUCGCGGCGCGCCUGGCGUCGGCGCAGAGCCGGCUGCGGCGCCUGGCCCGGGCGAUGCGCGUGGCGCGGGGCACGGCCGCGGCAGCGCUCGUGGCCGCGUGCGCGGCUGCCGUCGUGGCCGCGGUGGUGUUCGCCGCGCACGCCGUGGUGGGCGUCGGGGCCGUCUCCGCGGCCGUGGGCGCAGGCCCGGCCACCGCCGUGCGGUGGGCCGCCGAGCGGGUGAGUCCGCGGCAGUACGCGCUCGCGGGCGCCGCGGUGGACGCGGCGGCGCGCGGCGCCUACAUCGUGGGGCGGGACCUGGACACGGUGAGCCGCAUGGUGCGGCGCGCGCACGACGAGCUGGAGCACGGCCGCGACGUGGCGCGCAUCGCGGUGCGGGGCCGCGGCGAGCGACCGCUGAUGCAGGAGGUGGCGAGGGAGGAGGCGGAGUGCGAGGAGGACCUCAGGGCGCAGCUGCAGGAGCUGGAGGAGCACGUCUGCCUCUGCCUCAUCACCAUCAACCGGAGCAGGAGGAUGGUGGCGCACGAGAUGACGCAAGGCUUGCCGUCGCUGGAGGCGACGCCACUGCCGUCCCAAAACUAG